AUGGAGAGCGCGGCCAAGCGCAAAGCCGCCAGCGCUGCUGUGGGUGACUACGACGGUCGCCCUGCGAAGCGACAGAAAGCGACGGGGACCGCUUCCAUGCAGGCCGAAACCCCUUCCAAGUCCGAGACGGUCGAAUCAACCACAAUAGCGGGCUUGAAGUUCCUCGACAGCUUGAAGCAGGCCAAAGACAAGACCGGACGACCCAUCGCAGUCCAUUUCCUUGCUCUUCCGGACAAGGCUGAAGUGCCUGACUACUACGAAUACACGAAACUACCUAUUGCUAUAGAUACCAUCGAGGAUAAACUCAACAACGGAGAGUACGCGUCACUAGCCCAAGUCGAGAGCGACUGUAAACGAUUGGUCAACAAUGCGAAGGCCUACAACGACAAGAACUCCGUCAUAUAUCAAGAUGCCGAGCGUCUACGCAAGACCGCCUCGAACUGGAUGGUGAAGCACAACCCGGCGUACCGUGACGGCAACUAUGUCGCAGCGGCCACCCCGAUCCCAGGCGAAGACAACUCCACCCCUUCGAAACCUCCAUCCCGCGUUACGGCAACCCCAAGAACUGCACACGCACAUACACCUGCUACGAUAGAUACAGUUGAACGCCCUCGAAGAGCGGCCGCUAUUGCAGCAUCAGCUACACCAGCACCAUCAAAGCUGCGACAGUCAGCAUCCGCUGCGCUGGAAGAUGAUGAUGACAACAGUGCCGAUUACGCAGGGAAGACGUUUCAGCAGGCACAGGAGCAGAUCGUGAGGGAGAUAAUUGACUAUGAGGAUCAAGGUCUCCAAAUAUUCUUACCCUUCCAGAACCUCCCAUCGCGCAGCUUGAAAGACUACUACCAGCUGAUCAAAGACCCAAUGUCGCUGGCCGCCAUACAAAAGAAGGUUCGCGGAGUGAUCGGACGCGACGCCCCGACAGGACAUACACUGUUCAAGAGCUGGGACGCUUUUGAGGAUGCAUUUAGUCUUAUUUGGAAGAAUGCUCGUAUCUACAAUGAGGACGGUAGCGACAUCUACAACCUCUCGCUCGAGCUUGAGGAAAUCUUCAAUAAGAAACUCGAAGAAGCCAAGUCUAAAGUCAGCGAGCCAACGCAGCCGAAGCUGAAGCUUAACAUAUCCAGCGCUGCAGCUCCGAAGCAACAAUUGAAGCUCAAGCUCAAGCCGAGUCCGGGAUCAGAGCGUAACACUCCAAGUGCCCGUGAUUCUGCGACGCCUGGUGUCAUUGUUGACAGCGACGCUCUCCUGCGACAACAACGACAUGUGCUUGACAGCAUGGGCAAUCGAUCGUCUACCCCAUCUGGGAAAGCUGCAACGCCAACAGCAAUUGCCAAUCCGUUUACUGGACCGAAAGGCGGCGCGGCAACGAUUGCACCACUCUCCGCCGCUCAAAGCAAGACUGCAGGGUCUCCGCCGGCAGUCAAUGGUGUUAAGCAAGACGUGCAGUCCCCUGCUUUGAGUGCUAUCAGGCCGGCCAGUACCGCACCGGAUAGCCAGGCCUCGCGACUCAGCGUUCCGGCGCAAACACCACAUCCGAGCAUGGCUCCUCCACAACAUCAAUCUCGUCCGGCAAGCGGCAGUCCGCAUCCGAAUGGUGUUGGGCUGCAGAACGGUACUCAUAUUCCUUCCUACCACGCGCCAACUUACUACGCGCCUCCGGCAGUGGCUCGUGUAGAUAGUUUCAGAAAAGUACCGCUCAAGAGCGUUGAUGAAGCAUUGAUACCUAAAAUCACACUAAACACUCACCCCGCGCUCAACCCCUCCAAGCCAUGGUCUGUUCACAUCCCAGCGAACAAACAAAAGACCAUGUACAGUGCCACGAUGGUGGUUGCACCAGCCAACUCAUACAUCCAAGUCAUACCCAAGGUUCCCAUCGCUCUCACAAGUCGGAUGUAUCGCCUUUUUGUUACUGUCAAUGGCAACAAGACACUCGAAGCAAACCGAGUUCCUGUUACUGCAGGCAUCAACGGCACGAGCCCUGGCCCUGGUUACGAGGGUGGUAAGAAGAAGGGCGAGCCACUGUUCGAGGCGAAACUUGUCGCUGGCGUCAACCGCAUCGAAGUUGAGAUUGUUGCAGAGAAAGAUCGCAAGGGCCAGCCUGAAGGUGGCAGUGCAAAGAAGGAGGAUGUUGAAAUUGAAAAGUGUACAAUCUUCCUACAUCUCCCCCGGAAUUAG